GGUUAGUAGGGCUGCUUGGUAAGGUACUCAGUACUGGCGUCAUCGCCCCCAUGAUAUUUGCAUUGGACUCUUAUUAUCAUUAGCGAUAAGCAGGGGAACUAGAAUCUGGGCCGAGAUUUGCUGGAUCGGCUCGAUCGUCGGCAUCGGACAACAAAGUGACAACUUGUACAAUACAUAUUCCCGGGAACGGACUACGAACGAGCCUGCAGUACUUAACCGGCUCAUACCCGGACGCUCUGCAGCAUGGCACAGCCCAGAGAGGUCAGCGGAAUAGCCGCUGCAGCAGUGAUUCUGCACCACGUCCGUCGAGAUGGCGUCCUUGGCCGCCUGCCUUGCUGGCGUUUUAGGUCUUCUCGGCCAGACGGUCACUGCCGUCCACAUCUCCAACUCUAGCUCGUCGUCCGCCACAGUCCACUGGCUGGGAUCCAAGCCCGAGGUGAACCUGGGCGCUACUUUCGGCCUGCCAUGGCCGCGUGGCAAAUACUUCCCCGAGCAGACCACAUUCUCGGCCUCGGACUCGGACGGCCAGAGUCUUGAUCUCCAGUCCUGGGCCACGGGUUACUGGCCGGACGGUUCCUUCAAAUGGACGGGCCAUGCCAUCCCGGCAUCAGACACGGUGCCGGACACUUACACGGUCAAGGCAACUUCGGGGUCAUCGGCAUCCUCCUCGUCGUCGCAUCCGCGCAAGUCAACUCCCGGGAUCACCGUGAGCGAGACACCGCAGCAGAUCAAGGUCGACACGGGAAAGAUCGCAGUCUCGUUCCCCAAAUCGGGCGACGUGGUCAUUGCCGCCAUCGAGACGGCGGCGGGCAAGACGGUCGGCAAGAACGGACGGCUAGUCCUGCAGUCGCAGGACGCCGUCUACGACACGCCCGACGCGCGCGGCAAGACGCCGAUCAACUACUUCCACUUCCAGAGCCGCGUCAGCAACGUCACCGUCAGCGACCCGACCUCGGUGCGCGCCCUCGUCACCGUCCGGGGCACGCACUCCCCCCUGGACGGCUCCUCGCACGCCGCCUGGCUUCCGUUUGUCCUGCGGUUCUACCUGUACGCCAACUCCCACGCCAUCCGGCUCGUGCACAGCAUCGUGUUCGACGGGAACGCCACAAGCAACUUCGUGAGCGGCCUCGGCGUGCGUCUCGACGUGCCGCUGCAGGGCGAAGCGCAGUACAACCGCCACGUGCGGCUCGCCGGCGUGGAUGGGGGCCUGCUCAGCGAAGCCGUGCAGGGUAUCACGGGCUUGCGGCGCGACCCGGGGCAGGCGGUGCGCACGGCGCAGGUCGAGGGCCGGGAGCUGCCGGACAUCUCGACGUGGGACGCGCGCGUGUCGUCCCGGCUGCGCUGGAUCCCGACAUGGGCCGAUUAUAGCCUGAGCCAGCUCUCGCCCGACGGCUUCACCCUCCGCAAGCGGACCAAGACCGGCCAGUCGUGGCUCACCAUCCCGGGGGGCACGCGCGCCGACGGGCUGGCCUACCUCGGCGGCGCCACCGUCGGCGGCGUGGCGGUCGGGCUGCGGGAUUUCUGGAAGCGCUAUCCCACGGGUAUUGACAUUGCCAACGCCUCCUCGGACGACACCGGGACCAUCACCCUCUGGCUGUACAGCCCCCAGGCGCCGCCGCUGGAUCUCCGCCCCUACCACGACGGCCUGGGCGAGGACACCUACGCGGAGCAGCUCGACGCGCUGGACAUCACGUACGAGGACUACGAGCCGGGGUUCGACACGCCCUACGGCAUCGCCCGCACGAGCGAGAUUUCCUUCUUCGCCUUCGACAGCACCCCGUCACGGGAAACCCUCUCCUCGCUGGCGGGUGGCUAUCUCCACAACCCGCCCGUCCUGGUCGCUUCCCCGGGGUAUAUCCGAUCCUCUGCCGCGCUGGGCACAUACUGGGACCUCCCCCUCUCUUCUUCCAAUAGCAACACCACCACCACCGGGCGUGCCCACACAAAAAUCGAAGCCCACCUCUCCCUCCUCGCAACCUUCUACCAAACCCAAACCGCCCAGCGGCGCUGGUACGGCUUCCUCGACUACGGCGACAUCAUGCACACGUACGACGCCGACCGCCACACCUGGCGGUACGACGUGGGCGGCUACGCAUGGGACAACUCGGAGCUCUCGCCGGACCUGUUCUUCUGGCUGUACUUCCUCCGCACAGGGCGGGAAGAUAUCUACCGCUUCGCCGAGGCCCUAACGCGGCACACCGCCGAGGUGGACGUCUAUCAUCUAGGGAAGUGGAAGGGGCUGGGCACGCGCCAUGGCGUGCAGCACUGGAGCGACUCGGCGAAGCAGGCGCGCAUUUCGCAGCCGCAGUACCGGAAGUAUUUUUACUAUUUGAGUGGUGGGGAUGAGAGGGUUGGGGAGUUGCUCGAGGAGGCGUUGGAUACGGAUGUGACGUAUGGCGUGCUGGAUCCGAAUCGCAAGGUCAGGACCGACGGGUGGACGCCCGCUCCGGGUAGGGCGGUGGCGAUUGGGUUGGGCACGGACUGGAGUGCCCUGGCGGCCGGGUGGUUGAUGGAUUGGGAGCGGAGGGGGGAGAGGUGGAGGGGGUCGAGGACCAAGUUGGUGAAGACCAUGGCCGGGAUUGCGAGGUUGAAAAAUGGGUUUGUCACGGGUAGCGGGCUGUAUAACCUGUCGGACUGGACGCUGGGGCCUCCGCCGGCCGACCCAGGCAACGAGGGCACCGUGGUGGCCGUGUCGCACUUGUCGGCGGUGUUUGGCCUGGUCGAGGUCGUGGCCGAGCUGAUCGACUGGUUUGGCGACUCGGAGGAGGAGGAGUUGCCCGCGGGUUUUAAAGACGCGUGGCUGGAGUACUGCUACUACUUCAACGCCGGCAAGGCCGAACAGAAGGCGCGGUACGGGGUGGAUUUUGGGAAUCUGAAUCUGUACCAGGGCCAUUCGCGCCUCACGGCCUAUGUGGCUAGGGAAAGGGGGGAUGAUGAGGCGCUCCGGCAACGCGCCUGGAAGGAGUUUUAUACCACGGAUGGCCUGAAGGAGAGCGCGCCGUGGAAUGUCACGACGAUCGAUGGGAAGGGCCAGACGGUGCUGGGCGAGGGGGGCGUCGAGGAGGCCAGCUGGUUUGCCACGAAUGACGUUGCGCAGUAUGGCCUGGCGGCGAUUGAGAACCUCGCGCUUGUUGGGGGGGCUUUGGCAGGUUAUACGGGGUGAUUGGAGGAAUGGCCCAUUGCCUAUCAAGCCAGAACACCGCUCCCGUCAUAGACUCAUAGUAGGGGAACGAGAUGGGUUGAGUAGAUGAGGGGAUCAAGAUGUACGAUCGUAUGGUAAUGCACUGAGCUUGUUCAACAACCAUUCCGACCAUUUAUCCCGGUCUGAAUCCCGUCACCUCCUCAGCAGAGUCAGCACAUUGCUCAAAAUCGCUCAGAGUCGGCCCGGGGCUCGAGAAACAUCCAAUAAGUGUAAAAGGCGUCUGUCUCGUGAUGGAAUUGAAAUUCAUUGUCGC